UGAGAGAAUUUGUUUUGGAUAACGUGAGAGAUAAGAGGUCGGCCAACUCUUCUCUGCUCCUUUCCUUUUCUCUACAAUGGCGACUCUGCAACAACUCCUCAAACCUUCAUGGUCCUCCUCUCUCUUUGCUUCCUCCUCUCCACGCCAUUCCCUCUCUUCAACCACUCCCAAAGCCUCUCUUCAGAAUUCUUCCAUCAAUCGCCGCCAGUUUGUUGCUGAGACGGCGGCCACGGUCUCUCUGUCGCUUUCUCCGUUUAUUACUCCCGUACCACCGGCGAAGUCUGAAGAAUCUCUAUCGGAGUGGGAGAGACUUUACCUUCCUAUAGAUCCUGGUGUUGUCCUUCUCGACAUUGCUUUUGUGCCCGAUGAUUUGGACCGUGGCUUCCUUUUGGGGACUAGGCAAACCAUUUUAGAGACGAAAGAUGGUGGAAGAACAUGGGCUCCACGUUCAAUACCCUCGGCUGAAGAAGAAGACUUUAACUACCGGUUUAAUGCUAUUAGCUUCAAAGGAAAGGAAGGAUGGAUUGUUGGCAAGCCUGCAAUUCUGUUGUACACUUCGGAUGCUGGAGAAAGUUGGGAAAGGAUACCUCUUAGCGCCCAGCUUCCUGGAGAUAUGGUCUACAUUAAAGCAACUGGAGAAAAAAGUGCAGAGAUGGUUACUGAUGAAGGUGCAAUUUAUGUUACAUCAAACAAGGGUUAUAACUGGAAGGCUGCAGUUCAGGAGACUGUUUCUGCCACUCUUAAUAGAACCGUUUCUAGUGGUAUAAGUGGUGCAAGCUAUUAUACUGGAACCUUUAACACCGUCAAUCGCUCUCCUGAUGGGCGUUAUGUAGCUGUUUCAAGUCGUGGUAACUUCUAUCUCACCUGGGAGCCUGGGCAGCCAUUCUGGCAGCCACAUAAUAGAGCUAUUGCAAGGAGGAUUCAGAAUAUGGGGUGGAGAGCUGAUGGUGGUCUUUGGCUUCUUGUUCGUGGAGGAGGACUUUUUCUUAGUAAAGGGACAGGGAUCAGUGAGGAGUUUGAAGAAGUUCCAGUUCAAAGCCGAGGUUUUGGCAUAUUAGAUGUUGGUUUUCGUUCACAGGAAGAGGCUUGGGCAGCUGGAGGAAGUGGAGUACUUCUGAAAACUACAAAUGGUGGCAGGACAUGGACCCGUGAUAAAGCAGCUGACAAUAUUGCAGCCAACCUUUACUCUGUAAAGUUUAUAAACGAUAAGAAAGGCUUUGUGCUCGGAAAUGACGGGGUGUUACUUCAAUAUCUUGGUUGAAGCUUGAGAUUUUACUCGGUUACAGAAUCAGAUUCUAUAUGAUGCUUGCGAUCGAAAUUUUGUAUCAUUAAAUCAUAGCUGCAUUCUUGUUUUGGAUGAUGGGAUGAGGUACUAAUACUACCCAGUUUCGUAUCUUUCCUCGUUUUUUGCAUUUCUGAAGACGCUUUCAUUCGAAAAAGAGUCAAUUUCGUAUAUAGUUUUCAUUCUUGUUAAUAUUUGUAAUUUAAAUGUAUACUUGUUCAUAUGCCCAUUCAACAAUGAUGAAUUUGGAAGUUGUAGAUGUUUUUUUGUCCUUUGAUUUUUAUAGAACAUUACUGUACAUUUCAA